AAAAUAUAAAGAGGCAACGGAAUUCCAAUAGUAAAAACACUAGUUCCAAAUAACCGAAGAUUUUAGUUUGAAAAAUUGUCGCUAGAUGUGUUUGUGUUUGUCAUGAUAUCGAAACAAAAAAAAAUAUAUCCAUUUGGUGAAUAUGAAAUGUCCAACCUCUAAUCUUCCAUAUCUUUGAUUCAAUGAUAUAUGGAGCUAUACCAAGAUUAGUUAUUAGAAGUAAACUGAUAUAUCCUAUCUAUUAUAUCCAGAGGAAAAUCAAGGGCUUUUCAAAAUUUGAACACGAUGUUUUCGGAUUUCACACCUGAUCCCAGUCUGAUAUUACGAUAUAUGAAACUUCAAUUAAUUCGGAUGAUACCAGACGGACACGACUAGAGCGACUUCAAUUUACGUAAUUGGGGAUUAUUUUUCGGUAAACGAUAUGAACGAUAUGAAACACUUCUCCUAUAGAGGUCACACAAAGGUUCUUACGACUUUUCAUUUACUAUCAACAUUAGAUAUAUUAUGAAGAGGUAUUGUGUAUGCCCAGAAGAUCAAUGUCGACCCUUUCCUUUUAGUACUCGCCGAUUUUCUUUAAAUCUUCCUGGUGGCUCCACUUAAAUAAAUCGACAAGACCAAGUUCUAACUUGUGAAUGUUGCUAUAUUCUUAUAACUAUAAUUGCCAAAUUAUUUCGGAUUCGCAACAAACACCAAAAGCGUACAACAACAUUAUAACGUUCAAUGUGAAUGACGAUAAUAUAAAUAAACAUACAGCAACAAAAUAAUUAACUUGCCGAUAAAUUACCAGUGUAAAUUAAUAAAAUUGUUAACGUCAACAAUCAAAUAAAUGAGGAAAACACGAAAUAUCCAAGCAUUUACAACGUCUACAACUAGAACAUCGAAAUUGUGUGGAUCGGCAACCCAAGCAACACGCCAUCAUGUCAAAGUACCAGAAAUUAUCAAACAACGAUUCUACGGCAACACUGACAGACGACGAGAACUUUGCGAUAUUCCCCACCAGUGAUGAUGAUCGCCGUCAUCGUCACAACGAUGACAACAGCCAUUAUCAGGUGGAAGAUCUCAUUCAGUACAACGACACCGUCGUCCGGGAACGUAAUGCAAACAACAUGAACAACAAAAACAGUACCAGACACCCCACAAGCAACAACAACAGUGCCAAACAUAUGAAUGGCAUCGCUACCUAUAGGAAUACAACUAUUAAUGACAGCGGGGACAGCAGCGGCAGCAAUAAUUUAAUUAUUGCAGGGCUCGACUUUGACGACAACACAAUGGAAAUACCACUACUUCAACGCAGUACCGUCGAUGCUGACAACUGUAUCAACAACAACAACAGUAAUCACUUUGAAAGCUACAAUAAAAAGGAUGAUUUGGAAUACGGUUGCCUGUGCCAACAAAAAGGAUUUGCAUCCAACCUCAGCAGCAAUUCCACUAAGACCGCUAAAUCAAAAAUCCUCUGGGCCGUCGGUAUGUGUUGCAUAUUUAUGAUUGUUGAAUUCCUGGGUGGCUACAUUGCCGGAAGCUUAGCCAUUAUGACGGAUGCCGCACAUUUAGCAUCAGAUUGCAUUAGUUUCGUUAUUGGUCUGGUAGCAAUCUGCCUGGGCAGCCGACCACCGGAUGCAAAAAUGUCAUUUGGAUACAAACGCUUAGAGGUUAUGGGCGCGUUAGCAUCGAUCCUGGGCAUUUGGAUUUUAACCGCAACUUUGGUUUUGGUUGCCGUUCAACGCAUCUAUGCCAACGACUAUGACUUGGAUGCCAACACCAUGAUGGUCAUUUCUGGCAUUGGAAUUUUAAUUAAUAUCAUUAUGAUUUCCAUUUUACACACUUCGUCGACUGAACUGCCGGAAGGUGGCAUAGGUGCAGCUCAUGGCCACAGUCAUAGUCACAAUCAUGGCCACAAACAUAGCCAUAAUCACCAUCACGGUCAUAGUCACAACACUUCGCAGAUCCAUUCGCCGGAUUUACAGCGACAUCAACACCGACACAGUCUUGAUGGUAGCCAUGUGGACUUGGAGCAUUCAAUGGCAUCAGCAGAGAGGAGAGAUUCACUUUUUUCCACUGUCGUUGACAGUGCAGGAGCAACAUCAAUAGAGCAGCGGCCUUUGCCAUUGGUUCAAAACGGAAAUGGCUUGAAACACCAACAAGAUGGAAACGAGAAAAAUCUCAAUCUGAGAGCGGCAAUGAUUCACGCAAUUGGUGACCUGGUGCAAAGUUCUGGAGUCUUCAUAGCCUCAAUAUUUAUUAAAAUAUAUCCUAAGGCGGAGAUUCUCGACCCUCUAUGUACAAUAUUGUUUUCAAUAAUUGUCAUAAUGACAACAAUAAACCUUUUUAAGGAGUCAAUCUACAUAUUAUUGGAUUCAGUACCUCAGGGAGUAUCAUUGAAUGAUCUCGAAAUGGAUUUACUCAAUAUCGAAGGAGUCAAAUCUGUUCAUCACCUAAACAUCUGGAAUCAUACCUCCAAUUAUAGUAUUUUAAUGGUUCACUUAGUCAUAGAUUUUCUAGCCGACAGCAACACGGUCCUAGAGAAGGCCACACAAUUGGCCAGCAAUUCAAAGUACAAAAUUAAACAUAGCACCAUACAAAUAGAACGUGUUACCUCAUAAUUGAAGUUGUUAUAGACACAGCAAGUACAUGUGGCCUGAUGCCAUUAUGUAUGUGUUAGCAUCCCGUCAUUUUUGAGCAAGCAGAUGAAUGAAUUGUACAGAAACCCAAAAUUAUCCAGUGGGUUAGGAAAAUGCUGACUGGCAUCUCCAUUCACCGCUUGUUCAAAAUUAAAACCAAAGGAAACUAUUUUAGGAAAUUUACGUCUAAGUCAUCAAUAUACGUACAUAUGUUAUUUAAUUGUUAAAACAGACUGGUUAAUAGACAAUGAAUUUUAAAUAUAUAUUUUUUAUAUAUAAUAUAAGAACGUGACUGAAAUACAUACAUGCACUCUAAAGAAAAAAGACAAAUAAAAACACUUUAAUACAAAAA